GGAGGAGGAGGAGGACAGACCACACCUCAUCAGAGCCAGGCUGACUCCGGCACCGGGUCUGGAUCAGUUCAGGGUUCAGCUGUCGGUCCGUCCGGGUCUCCUCUGCUGCAGAAGAAACUCUGGACUCGUCAAACCUUGGAUAUUAAGACACUAGUGGAUUAUUUUUCUUUCCUUUGGAGUCUACUUUUGGAUCGUUUCUGUGGAGUCGGUGCCGUUUCCUCCUCUUCAUUUGGAUUCCUGAGGCUUCGUUUGUUCUUUCUGUGGAUCUUCAGGUUUCCGUCCUGCUGUCCAUCCUCAGACAGCGGUCCGUUUGUCUCAGGUGGGGUUCUGGUCUCCGGGGUUCUGCGCGUCUAAGGUUUUGGCUUCAGUUUUCCAUCUGAAUGCCCCAGGAUUACCCUCAGGCUGCAUUUCCCCCGGCCUGCAGGGCGGCAGCAGAGAGCGGCGGCCAGCUGGAGAGGCGGAGCGUCGGCAUGAGCGAGUUCUGGCACAAGAUGGGCUGCUGCGUGGUCGCCAAACCGCCGCCGAAGAAGAAGAGGAGGAAGAUUGAUCGCAGUAUGAUCGGAGAGCCGACAAACUUCAUCCACCUCACACACAUCGGAUCAGGAGAGAUGGCAGAAGGACUGCAGCCGUCAGGGUCAGUGCAGGAACAGAUGAGAUCUAAAGGACCCAACAUGAACGGCAGAAACAGCCUGUUAUAGCAGGUGUUUAUGAAUCCAAUGAGCUGACCGACCUCCUCCAAACCCCCUGUACCGUCCAAUCAUCAGGCGGGGCUUUGACUCCGCCCCCUGAGGACUACCUGUGACUUUAACCAGAACAGAUAACCAGCAGCCAACAAGUCCACACAGAGAGUUCUGUGGCACUUGCACACAUUGAACCAGAACUACAGUCCCCAGUAUGAAUUUGAAGCCUCCAACAAUCCAUCAGCUGAUUAUCAGCAUCAAGAAAAUACUAGUGUUACCUUAAAAGUGGAAAAUCUACAAUGUAAUUAAAAUCGAUGCUUUUCCCUAGUCAGUAUUAAUGAAAAUUCACUAGACUACAUUUCCCAAAAUACCUUUCUGUUCAGGAUCUUAUUUAACUGACAGAAUGUCUGUAUUAAAAUACUUAACCUGACAAUCCAGGAAGAGGUUAUGAACCCCCAAAAUCCUUCAUUUCAACCCUCAACAGCUGCUGACUUCAUUUCCCAGGAUGCCUUACUCUGUCCAGAUUCUAGAAAACGAUUACAUCAUUAAAUACUAAAGGACCUAUUGUUUUCUUCCUUUUUUUUUUCUUUUAACCGUUCUAUGCAUCCAGAACACUGCUUGAUCUCAGCGAUGAUGUACCUGGACUUCAUCUCCCAGGAUGCUUCACUCUGCUCAGCCCUAAAGCUGGUAUUGAACAUGUAAAGACUUGGAGAUCAGAAAGUCCCUGAAUCCCCUCGACACUGGACUCUGUGUAACUGUGUGUUUGUGAUGAAACCUGGUUUUGAUUUUGCCUCAGUUUCAAUAUAAAUGGCUCCUCCCUGAAUUUGAUGGAAACUUCCAUCUGAAAACAAUCCGUUUUAUUUUUCUUUUUAUACUGGCUCCUCAAACUGUGGUUUAGGGCCCAACUGGUGCCCCUUGCUGACGUUUUCUGCGUCCAUAAAAAGACUGAAGUUUCAUUUUUGGUUCCAUAUUGAGUUUUUUCUUGUGUUUGAACAGUUCAUUUUGCAUCUGGUGGGAGUUUUUUUUUUUUUUUUGCUUAUAUUUGAGAAUAUUUUAAUGUUCUGCUGAUUUGACUGAUUUGCUAUUUACUGUUUCAUCCUGAUCAAACAUCACAAGUUGGUCAAAACACUGAAGGUGGUUGUAAAGUCAGUGGUUCAGAUGUUUGGACAGAGUCGAUUUGACUCAAAGAUAAAAUGUGUUUAAUAUAUUCUUCAUAAUACAUACUGCUCUUUAGUAGAAACAGAGAGAAACAGAAACCGAUGGCAUGUUUCCUCAUUUCAAAUGCAUAAUUUCACUUUCUAUUUAUUCAUUUACUGUUUCAGAUUCAUUUUGUGGUUGAAACAUUUUACAUACACGCGAUGGAAAAUACCAUGUUAUUUUGUUUAUAGUCUCAAAAAUAUAAAAACAGCCUCAGAAUUUCCAAAAAUGGCCGAGUAUGUGACCAACAAGUAUCAGUUUAACCAAAUACAGCCUAUUUUUUUUUUUUUUUAUUCUAAACCAUCUGGUACCAAUCAUUUGGCCAAUUCUGUCUCUUUUUGUCCCAAACAGAAAUAAGUUUCAGUUACAAACACAUUAAAUACGACAAAUUUAAGUAUGGAUUGGUUUUUACAAACUAAACAGACUGUUUUCAUUUUUUUUACACGUUGCAUGAAAUCAGAUUCAAUGUUUAAUGGUUUUAUGUCAUGUCUCUAAUUUCUGCCAAACAGCACUUGACAAUGAACAGAUGUGAGCUGUUGAUCACAUGUCUGAAUCUUUUAAAAUGAUUUUAGUGUUAUUUUCAUCCCUAAAAGGUGAGAAAAUGCAGAUGUCACCUGGUUCCAUAAAAUUGCCAGUGGAUAUGAAGAGAACCUUUGAAAAGUCGCAAAAAAUAAAAUGCAAAUUAUAUGCUUUUCCAUAAAUGGGUGUGUAGUGGGUUUAGUGGUCAGAAGGUGGCGCUGUAGGCUAUGAUGCGCAUGUCUGUAAUAAAAGUAGUAGAAGAACUGGAAGAAUUCUACUAGUAUUGUCCAAAUAAAAUGGCUGUGAAGUAACAAUCUGUCACAUGACCUGUUUGGAGACAAUCAGCUGAGCAACAUGUUCACAAUAUCUGGACUCAUUCAGAAAAAUGAGCAUUAAGUUCCUCUCAAAAAUAUUAAAAAGCCCCUUAAGUGAGCGAAGAAAACUUUUUUGUAGGGCAAAGGUUUUCAAAGAAGGAAAAAGAAAGUAAAUAGCCGUUCUGUAUCAUCGUUACUGGUUAAAACAUCAGACUAAAUCUAUUGUCAGGAGCAUUGUUUCCAUAUGGUAGAAACUUUGAUAAGUUCCAAUAAAAAAUAACAUAAAUUAUGCAUUUCCACAAAGAACAUUCUGUCUCUGAUUUCAUAGAAUGGUUGUGAUGCUUUGUCAUGAAACAGACACGAAUCAUUUACGUUAAAUGUUCAAGUGUUUCCAUUUCACAUCAUGUUCAUCAACUCAUUUUUAGACAAAAAGCAGAAACGACAUUAAGUGAAAAGUCCCUUUGGUUGUUGCUAUUUCCAUAAAUGUGAAUCCUCUAAAUGCACAGUAAACACAUUCAUGGAAACACAAUGACUGAGUUAAAUCUGAUGUUGAAUUUUUUAUUAUUUUUUUUAUGAUUUGACUGAUCCAGACUGAGACAAAAGAAGAGAAAACUCAUUUAAAUUUCAGCUUCAACUGAUUCUAAAUAAAUACCUGACAGAAGUUUGUACUUUUUUUAUUACCAAGAUUACAUAGAUCCUCUAAACUGAAGGUGAACAGCUCUGUUUACUGUAGACUGGAGAACUAUUCAGACCUAAAUAAUAAACUGCCCUGAAAUGGUGAUUCGCCCUGAUAACACGACCCAUAAAUGUCAUAAAAUUCCUGUUCUUCGAGCUUCUGUUCAUGGAAAUUAUAAUAUCAGGUAAAAAAAAAAAAAAAAAGAAGAAGAAGAAAUCCCAGUAUGUUCAGAUGUUACUGUAUCUAACAGUGACUUUUGGGAAAAUCCAUCCGCCUCUGUUUCCAAACUUUGCUGUUGUCCUGCCUACGCUCAGUGGUUGCCGUGGAAACAGGCUGCUGAGUCACAGUGUUCCCCUUCACCGUGGCGACGGGCCACAUCCUCCCUACGGCGGCCGAGACUCCAGAGGCCAAAACAUCUAUUUAAGGAAAAUCUGAGCUGCUUCUGCUCAGCUCGGAUUCCUGUGGACGUCACGCUACGUUCAUGGACAGUGGGACUUCUUAGGCUUUCACCUCUGUUCUGUGUCUCCUCAUCAACAACCGACAAAAGCCAAACCAAACUAAAUCCAGUUUGUGCAAAAUUACAGAAAGCAGGAUUUCAAAGAUAUAAGCACUGAAAAUAUUCUGUGAUUUUUAUUUUUUUUUACAAACAUCUCGAAUCAUGUUCUCAUCUUGAAUUUCCAGAAAUAGUAGAAGUCUAGACAGAGUACAGAUACUUGUGUAAAAGUAGAAGACUGAUUCAAUGUCCUUCUGCUGGGAAAGUGAAAAAGGCUCUGAAAUGUGUAAGACAAAAGUAGACUGCACAUGUCAUUGAAUAAACACUUAGAUUGCAAACAAUUUGGUGUUGAUUUAAUUAAAUUGAACAAAAUGAAUGAAAUAAGCACUAAAUCUUGAAAGUAAAGUUUAUGUUUGUUGUUUUUCCUCAUUUUCAUUUUUCAUUGUGUUUUUUUUUAUAUUGUUUUGUCUUGUCAUGUGUUGCAUCUGCUUCACUGAUUUUAUCUUAUUUCAUGUUUUGCAUCGUUUUACUAUUGUUUUGCCUUUUACUUUGUUUUGUCUUAUUGCAUUUUUGUUUUUUUGAUGCAAUUUUGUCUGGUUUCACCUUUUACUUCAUUUUCAUCAUGUUUUGUCUUCUACAUUGUUUCCAUCUCGUUGCUUUGUGUUUUACAUCACUUUCAUUUUGUUGCAUCUUUUACAAUAUUUUUGUCUUAUUACAUCUUUUCCUUUGUUUCAUCUUUUAUUCCCAUUUCAUCUAAAUGUAAAGGGGAGAAAAUACAGAUAUUUUUCUUAAAGUGUGCAGUGUAAAAGGAAAACGUGUUCAGAGCAAAUCAAUCUGAAGUAUUUGUACUUUGUAACUUCCACCUCUGGAAACUUCCUCGUCUGUUCAUUGUCUGUGAACACAACCUUCAUGUUCAGUCUGUGCAAAACAACAUGCAGAUGUUUUAUGAAACUAUCAGGGACAAAUGCACCUGAACGCACCACCUCAGCAUCUGGACAGCCCAGAUUUCAAGGUUUGUUCUCGUUGACCUUUCUGGCAUCCGUCCAUGUUUCUUCUCUUAAACAUGAAGCUGUUCUUAGUAGUUUUAGUCUGUCUGAUCUGAUCUGAGACCAGCUGCUAAACCUUUCUUCAUCUAAAUCCUCACUUUCUGUUCACAAGUAUUGGAGCCACUUUUUCUGAAACCUGUCAAUUUAGAGCAGAUAGAACCACCUGAACCUGUCCGAACAAAACCCUUUUCUUGUUUUUACACUUUUAUUUGUAUCACAGAUGCUGUUGAUUGCAUUGAAUUGCGUUUAUUGUUUUGUACAAAGUGAGAAUUGUGUGAAAAGCAUUGAUCACCGAGCUUCAGAUCGUCUCAAACCUUCAGAGGAGCCAA